AUGGAUGCGACGAGCAGCCAACUCAAGAGGAAACGAUCCAGGUUGGCCUGUCAACCCUGUCGAGAACGAAAACGGAAAUGUGACGGUCGAGAGCCCUGCACGACCUGCACGGAAUGGGGGUACGAAUGUCACUAUGAGGUCCAGGCGAGAAGAGCUCGACCAAGCACGACCUCGGCCACACGGGCAACACCAGACCGUCCAGUGGCACCCAGGCCAAAACCCCUGCAGUCCGACCUCCCAGAGGCAAGCACAGCUGGAUCUGAUCAGGGCGGACUGGUACGACGCCUAGAGGCCAACUCUGGGGCGGCCUUUGUCAGAAAGCUCGCCCUCAGGAUCGAUCCCACAAAGGCCCCCAAGCUCAACCUCUUUGGGUGGAAUGUCGGCGCGCGGCAGUUGUCAUCAGAGCCACUCAACAGCACUCCUGCACUGUCUGUCGUGGAGAUCACCUCGUACGAGCACCUGAAGGUCCUGGCCCAGGUCUAUUUUGACAAGGUCGAUCCGUGCUAUGGUUUCAUCGACCAGCGUCACUUCUUUGAGCGCCUAGCGGCACGCUGGACAUUACGAGGUCCGCCAGACAUCUACGACAGUGUGUUGUGCGGUGUGGCUGCCCUUGGAUGUCUGUUCUCCCAGCGAAAUGCCACCGUCACGGAGCUGCACCUGGCCCGCUCGGCUCGUGCAAGUCUUGAUAAUUAUCAGCUCUCUGGCCCGCCCUGCCUAGAUCUCAUCACCGGGUGGACGCUCCAGACCAUCUACCUCCGGCUCACAAGCUCCCCACACGCGACCUGGAUGGCCAGCUGUACCUUGAUGCACCUCGUCGAGGCCUCUGGCGUCUACCCAGAGUCGCCAUCUGCGGUCCUCCUCCCGAGCGCGCAGUGGGACGACGAUCUCACAAGGCGAAUCGUCGGCAUGGCGCAUCAUAUGAACGUGUGGACCUCUUUCGACCUGGGCCUCUCCCGAGUUUCCUUUCAAAACAGCGACCUGCCCGCACUGCCAUCGGUACGGCCUGGGGACUAUACAGUUGAGCUUCUACGUCUCAUUCCCAUCUCGCUGAGCCUGGAUCCCGGGAGGAUCAAGGACGAGACGGAUCUCACGUCCACCCUCUCCAAGGUCCUGGAGGGAACUCAUACCCAGCCACCGUCCGUCCUGGCGCAGUGCAACCUUGUGCUCUGUAUCCUUCGGCGUAUACACACGCAGAAUCUUGACAUAUCAUCUGACCUGGCACAGAAGAUCCUGGCAUUGUUGAGGCGGGGCCUCGAAGCCUCGCGGACCCUGAUUGUUGACUGCGCCCCAUGGCACCAUGUUGCCAAUGUCCCCUUCCAGAUCAUCUGUGUCCUUCUGGUGCUCGACACGCGCUCGUCUCUCGCAAUGCUCCCAGAGGCGAUGCAGACCCUGAGCGUGAUUGCUUCGACAUGCAACACGGAGACACUGCGAGACGCAUAUAGCACUGCGUGUCUGUUGGUUCUCCUGCACCAGCAGCGGCGACAGGAUGAUCUGGCGAUCCUGGGCGAGGUUCUCAACACGCACCAGCCCGACCGGCAGUUCGCCACACCAACACAGCCUCAUGAUAACGAUGAGGACUUCUCGUGGCUGGGGGCGCUGAUCUCGGACUUGCCUGGGCUGUCCCGAGUUGAUUUUGAUCAAUUCCUGAAUGCUGACAUGGGCAAUGUGCCUGCCUUCAUGGGUGGGUCAGUAUGA